AUGCUUGGUAUCAAUACAGGGGCCCCUCUUGGUGGUCUGAUCAUUGACCUAGUGAGCUGGAGAUGGUUGUUUCUUGGACAAGCUCCCAUGGCGCUUCUCUGCCUUGCUGUCACUAUCUGGCGGCUUCCAUCACAAAUCCGGGAAGAAAGCACAAGCAAGCAAAACGAAGACACGAUACGAAAACCAGAUAUGAAUUAUUGGGGUACCUGCCUUCUAGGAACGUCGGUUGGGACAUUUAUGCUACUCUGCUUGACAAUCCAAGUUUGCGUUCUAUUCUUUGCCGUUGUUCUGUUCUAUGCGAAUGAGAUAUAUUGGACUAAGGAUCCUAUGAUACCUUUCCAGGAGAUAAGAGCUAACAAGAUCGGGAUUAUCUACGCCGCGCAGAUGCUGACUAUGUUCUCGUACUUUGGCAAUUCUUCGUUCGAGCUGUGA